AUGUUUCAUUUCACAUCACUACCGACAGAACUCCAGUUCCAGGUACUGGAUUUCUUGCCAACAAGUGCUUUAUUGAAUGUCUCCGAGGUAAAUAGGCACUUUAACUCCCUUGCAAUAUCAAAAAUCACUUUUGAGAUACACGAUUUGACUUCCCCGGAGAAGGGUGUUUUUAUCAGUGUUUUCUCUCCUCAAAACAAAGAUCGACUUGUUGAAACAUUCAAUACCAUUUGUGUGUCCAACCCAAACACGAGAUUAAAUACGCCUUCGUUGGAGAAAGGUACAGUCAAUAGGGGCUCUGUUGAUAUGAAUUUGGUGGCUGAUAGAUUGGAACAGCUGAAAUCAAUACAAGAUCGACACCGUGAUCAACCAAUGCUAUUUCAGACUGUACAUCAAUCCCACAAUGUUGAAAAUUCAGUCUUUCAGCUAGGAAAUUUGGAGUUUACCCGAGAUCCACUGAAGUCCAGCAACACUAGUGUACCUGUAGAUCAUAGUUCUAAUGAAUUGAAUCUCAUAGUAAACGAAGACGAGCCGUUUAUAAAGUUGCACUUCGAAAUGCAUCAAAAGAAAAACGGCAGUCUAACUUCUUUGUUCAAAUUCAACUCUCGUCUUCGUCAAUUGGAUUCAGCUUCAAGAUCUUCAGGCACUCUCUAUUCUGCAAACAAGGCCGCAUCUGUGGAUUACGUUUUAGAAAAGGGUGAAGAACUACCUCCUCGUGGAGAUUAUGAUUAUGAUGUAUUCUACAAAUACAAAAUAAAAUUUGGAAAUUUCACUGUUAAAAACUCUUAUCUUCUCUCAUGUGCUGAAGUUUAG